AUGGAAAGCAGUGGCUGGACCCGCCUCGAGCUCAAUGAGGACUGGGAAGGACUCCUGCGAGAAGCCAUGCGCCCCACGUUGAAGCUACCAGGGGAGAAGGGCCCGAGUGCAGCUUUAGCCAUUCAGCUGGCCAACGAACAGCAAACCGUGCAUGCCUUCCCCGCCAAGAUCGAACCAAAGCCAUUCAAAGGGGGACUCCACCAAAUCCGGCUAGGGUCGGAACUACUGACGUUCGAGCUGGGGUGGGCCAAGGGCGGAGGAUCGAUCGCAAGCCAGGCGCAAGCUGACUGGAUCGUCUGUGUUCUCACUCAAGACCCAAAAGGGCGGGAGGCAGACAUCCUUCUAAAAACCCUCGCCAGAACUGAUUGGAGAGGACGACUUAUCGUUGACCAGCCCAGGGAGCUCUCUGAAACCAGCCGAAAUCGCCUGAUGCAGCUUCAGGUUCAAUGGGGUCAGGCACAAGUGGUCGACUAUCAGACUUCACACCACGGCAGCUUCUUUGCCAGGGCCAGAAGACUUUGGCUUUUUGGAGGAACGGCCGACGAAAAGGAGAGAGUUCAAGCAUGGCGAGUUGCACAAGUCAACGAGUGUCAGAUGUUACCUCUGCGAUCCGCAGAGGAGUCAGGUAAGGGAUUAUGCCCGCCCGACUACCUUUUCACGAGAGAACCAAACCUCAUCACCACCGGAGACAAGUGGCUUCCAAAACCAGUCGGCCACUUGGUUGACGUGCGCGCCGGCAGCAGGCACCUGGUCCAUAGCACACGGGGCCCAGCUUGCGGACCUAGGCUCACAGGUGAGCGUCUCAAGAUCCCAGGAGGCACCCUGUUGGAAGAUGGGACGGGUCUGGUCCGUCCUCUCCUCCCAGAAGAGGUGUGGGAAAUGCAAGGGGGCCUCGCAGAGGAUUGGCGUUCCGCCGACUCGAAGAGAAAGGAUCGCAUGAUAGCAGCUGCAGUCCGGGAGCCAGGCUGGCAAGUGGCUAUGAGUCUCAUGCAGGCUCUGACUGGAACCGAUGGGAAGGCAGGAGUCCUGGACCCCGAUGAGAUCCAAGCCCACGAGCAACUAGAGGUCUGGCUGCGAGCGUGGGGGAGGAACCCGAAGGCUCCCUCUUCCGAGCUUUUCCUUACUUCGUGGAAAGAGCCACGUGUGGCAGUGGCACCCACUCAUGAGUUCGUGGGAGCGACAACCCAGGCGAAAGCAGGCGGAGGCAAACGCACCACCGUGAAGCCAGCACUCAGUGAAGUGGAGAGGCUGGUCCAGCCCGCAUCCAAAAGAGGCGGGACUACUGGGACCCCCCGCCCCCGAGGAGGGAGCACAGCAGAGCUUGACCAGGUAGCCAUGGAAGCUGUCUUGGCCAAACUGGCUGAUUCAACUCGCAGGGUCUAUGCAUCAGGCUGGAAGCAAUGGGCGUUGUACAAUGCCAGCUCGGGCACUCACCCGUUCCUUGACGGAGAAGAGCGCUCCGCUCGGACUGAAGACGAUACCCUGAUCCACUGGUCGGGCGACCUCGGUUGUGGGCAGCGGUUGCGGGUCUACAACGUUGGGAAGGUCCUACAGCCCCAUCGGUGGCGCAGCCCUGAAGACGAGGCGCCUUUGUUCCGCUAUGAAGUAUCGUUUGCAGUGAAGGCUGGUGCUAUGGAUGCUACUGAUGAAAGUGCCGAUGGGGGACGAAAGCCAGCAGCUCCAGAUCGAGCCAAUGCAGCGAACCUCUUUGUAGCAGCUCACCCAGGACUAGAUCUUUAUCAAUUCCUGGGUGUUCCACCCGGUGCGACUCCAGCUCAGGUGCUCACCGCAUAUCGUCGCAGGUCCCGUGAGACUCAUCCAGACCGCUUUGCAACUGCUGGGGAAGAUGUCCAGAAAGCCAAAGGAGAGGAGUUUAAGAUGUUGGGAAUGGUCCGAGAGAUCCUCUUGGAUCCACUGAUGGCCACUCAAUACAUGAGGUGGAGACAAGAGCAAAUUGCUGCAAAGCAUGGGCGAGGCCGUUCCCCAGUUGUUCCAGCUGGUGUCUAUGCCAAGCAAGCUUCAUCAUUCCAACAAGCCAGAUCAAGUUUUGAUCGGUCCUCCACUCCUGCUGGCGCAGGAGCCAGCAGCUCGGGAGGAGCAGGCCGGGAGGUGCCUCGUAAACCGCCCCCCCCUUCACAGGGAUAUCCUGGAGGAGGAGCGCAAGGAGGACCGCCCCCAGCCAAAGCCCCUCCUGCUCCAGCAGGGACCGCGCAAAAGCCAAGGAAACCUCCACCGCCCGCGAAUCCGCCUACUCCGAGCUCAAGUGCGAAGCCAAGGAAAGCACCGCCACCAAGAAAUGAUGAUGGGAGGCCCAGAGGACCUACCACCCCACCAAUGCAAAAAAUGGCACCCACGCAAGCUAUUCCAAAGGGAGCACCGCCAACACCGGCCAAGCAUUUCCCCAGGGCGACCCAACCAUACACUGGAGGGGGCAUGGUGGACGAUUUGCGAGUUCCUCGCAUCGCACUGGCAGAUGCAGGGGUGAAACGAUCAGACGCUCCGUCUGAGUCUUGGUGGUCAGAGACGUCAUCCAGAUAUAGGGCCCCUUCGAGCUGGUUGGAGCCCGGGUCUGAGCCUUGGGUCGAAGAUGACCUUCCACCGGAGAGCACCGUCCCAGACAACGAGGAUGACUAUGUGUAUGUUGAGGUGGAAGCUGAAGACGAUGACAUGGACAUCCUCCAAGACCACCAAUUCGAUGAAGAAGAUUGGGACGAGCCGGCAUGGGAAGAGCUCCCUGAGGAGGGGACCGGGUCUGAGCAAGUCUUCCAAACCUUCGAUCAAGCCGUGAUGCAAGGACUGCUCCAGUUCAUGGAUUUCGUGAACAGAGGACGGGCCAAGAUGCUGAUUGAAGGUGCUCCACCUAUGACUUCUGUCCCAAAAGAGGUCCGGGAGGCAUGUUUGGGAGACCAUCCGGGGCUUCUAAAAAUGCAUCCCAGCGCAAAAGCAUGGCUAAUGGCAGGGACGAAAGGUGUCGAAUUCAAGAAGCCACCACCUCCUAAGCCUCCCAUGCUUUCGGCUCCCCCAAAGGUGGCUCCGCCGCCACUUCCAAAGCCAGCUCAUCCAGAACAGGUACCUGAGCCAAAGGAGCCGCCGAAAGCCCUAGCCCCCAAACCAGUUCCUCCAGUGCUGAUGCAGAAGACACCAGCACCAAAGAAGCCCCCUCCGCCACUGCCAGCAGCCAACUAUGCCAUGCCGGCAAGAGCUAUGGGACUCGGUUCAGGCGCAACAGCAUCAUCUUCUGAGGGCGCUCCGCCCACUGAGGUGAACCACUUUGGGUUUGACGAGUCUGAAGUCGACUAUGGUGAUGACGAUGAUCGAACCCCUGAGGAGAAGGCAGAAGAUGAGGAGCUGCUCGAGAAGACCAAGACGAAAGUGGAAGCUUUCCUGCGAGCACCCCCAGAGAUGAGGAAGACGCUUCGCUCCCAAGCAUGGAAGCGGUGCAAGAGCAAACUGGAGGAGCUCAACUUUGAGUUCAGCACUCGUCCACUGCCCGAAAUGCACCCAGGCAAAUUCGAGAAGGAUCUCAAGGAUGGCUUCACCUAUGCGGAGGCCAAACAACGCCAAAAGGGCCGGCAACGGGCCGCCCGACAUCAGCGAGCCUUGGCUGAAAUGGAGGGUGCCUCCUUUGAGGAUUUCCCGAAAUCCUGGUCACAUGGGUAUUCCAAGCAAGUCCUGAAGCCGGGUUUCCUCGAAGAGAAGAACAAGGAGCGGGCCCGCCGAAAAGCUACAAAGGCCAACUAUCGAUCCGAUAGAUCACGCAGCACUCCACCACCUCGCCAGUCAGCUGCUCCAGCUGCUGCAUCCAACCAGGCUGAAGCUGAAAGCACGGCCAACUGGGAAGCAGGAAGUCAAUGGCACGACUGGCAAGCGAGACGCAGCAGUGAGUGGCAACGGCAUCAACCAGAUGUCACACAACGGAGAGAUGCAAAUGCCGCAGACGAUGACGACUGGGGCAACUGGACCAGAGAUGGGCAACGAGGCAGCAACCAAGAUGGCUGGUCCAGCUAUGACUAUGGAAACCAUCAGGAUCGACAGUGGAACCAGUGA